AUGUACAAACGUGCGAAAAUGAAGCUCUCUUGGCUGCUUCUUGCUUUCUGCUUUCAUCUCUCAGCCGGCUAUCUAUCGUCAAACUCCACAGAGGUUUCUUCCGAAUCGUUGGACAGCACAACGACAGUAACCUUAACCAAGACUCGCCUCACUUCUAUUGUCGUAACUCGGACUAAUUCGACCACCAUCACCACUCCCUCCACUGUUACGCCGAGCACAUCUAGCAUCACCCCAUCCAUUACGAAUACCUGGACGGGCAAAGACUCUACCGACAUAGCCUCUGUCCUCAGCUGUUAUGCGGAGAAAUCUAACUACGUCACAAGAUAUGACAGCUGGUUCUCAGCGAAUCAAAGGAUCUUUGAAAGCACCUACACGGCGCUAACAUCGAUAUGGGUGGGAAAUACUAGCAGACACGCCUCUACACUCUGCGACGGCUGGCCGCGAGCACCAGGUUCAGGCUUAGCCUAUGUCCCACAGACAGAGUCUAUACUAUUUACUAGCGCUCCCUCCUAUCCGGGCCCUACACCAACAUGCCAGUAUAACUACCACGGGUGCGACCUAUUGGUGUCAUCAUAUAACGAAGAAGAGAAAACGCGAAGUCCCACCAAGGAAGCACAACGAGCCCCUAAUUGUGUCUUGGAUACUUCGGAUUGUCUGAUUCCCGCCGGUCGCCUGAGCUGCCGCCUCGAUGCCGGCCAUGUCCGGUUACUCUACUGGGACGAAUCAAAAGACCCUUCAGCUCUCUGCACCACCGACACUCACACCACCGACACUCACCAUAUUACGUCUCCACCCCCUACUCCGGUCGAACCCGUUACUACUGUCUUCGAGGGCUUCACCCUUACCUCGCCUACUGUUUACCUUUCUUUCGAGUCUCUCUACGCCAACCUAUGCCUUGGACAGUAUACCAAAACCAUCAUCGGCGUGCCGCCUAACUCUCUUUCCAGUAUCCACUUCAGCAAUUCACCCAGAAUGACUACCCUUCCAGUAACCAUAACCGAUUUUAACUACCCUGUGCCCGCCUCCGCAUACACCGGGAUGGUUGAUUGCUGGCCUUCUGACUGGCAUGGCCUACGCAAGGACAGUUGCGCUACCAUUUACGACGAGGACUACUUGCCCCAUCUCGUUCUCCCUACAGAUAUUGCCCUGUUUACUGGCCUCGACCCGCGAUUGGCGAAUUGCACCAAACUUACCUGGCGUAAAUACGUCUUUGAUCCACCUCAGUCGAUGAAGAGAGCCGACCACUUGUAG